AUGACACGACCAAAGUCCAAACAAUCACCUCCGCCAGCUUCAUCUUCCAGUUCAGAAGGGUAUUGUCAAUCAUGUGGACGAUUACUUCCCCGAGAGAACAAGACUGAUCCUACUGCGAGAAAAUAUUGUUCUUCGACAUGUCGAUUACAUAGUAAAUCCCCUUACCUCAAGGGUAUACGCACAGCCUUGAUCGAAGGCUAUCAUCGAUCGUUGAAUGAUCGUCCGACUAAUCAAGUGAUACUAUGUUCAGAAGUGGAAAAAAUCAUAUUUGAUCCCACUUCAAACAAGGAUAACAAGGACAAGGACGAUAAGGUAGACAGUAAUCAGGCAUCCACGCUAUCACCAACAGAACAAAGAGAAGAAUCACGUAGAGCUGCUAGAAGAAUAGUAGCGUUCGGUUUCCCUUCUCAGGGUAUAGCCGAAGAAGGAAGAGAGGUGGAAGCGAUACAGAAUGGGAAAAGUGUAGAAACAAGUUUCGCAAAAGGUGAAUGGGGUAUAAGAUGGAAAUGA